AUGUUAGGUGGUAAGUAUGUACCUCGAGCAAUUCUUGUGGAUUUGGAACCUGGUACCAUGGACUCAGUGAGAUCUGGUCCUUUUGGUCAAAUUUUCCGCCCAGAUAACUUUGUUUUUGGACAAUCUGGAGCAGGCAAUAAUUGGGCCAAAGGACAUUAUACAGAAGGUGCAGAGCUAGUGGAUUCAGUUUUAGACGUAGUCAGGAAAGAAGCAGAAAGUUGCGAUUGUCUGCAAGGAUUCCAACUGACCCAUUCGUUAGGAGGAGGAACUGGUUCCGGGAUGGGCACACUUUUGAUAUCUAAAAUUCGAGAGGAAUAUCCGGACCGUAUUAUGACCACAUACAGUAUUGUUCCUUCACCCAAGGUAUCAGAUACCGUGGUGGAACCGUACAACUCCACAUUAUCCGUGCACCAGCUUGUGGAGAACACCGACAAAACGUUUUGCAUCGACAACGAAGCACUGUACGACAUAUGCUUCCGGACUCUAAAGCUCACCACACCCACGUACGGUGACUUGAACCACUUGGUUUCGGCGGCCAUGUGCGGCGUAACCACGUGCUUCCGGUUCCCCGGGCAGCUCAACUCCGAUCUCCGAAAACUGGCCGUCAACAUGGUGCCGUUCCCGCGUUUGCAUUUCUUCAUCACCGGGUUCGCACCCCUCACAUCUCGUGGCAGCCAGCAGUACCGUGCACUGACCGUCCCUGAACUGGUGCAGCAAAUGUUUGACGCUAAAAACAUGAUGGCAGCGUGCGACCCGCGCCACGGUCGGUACCUGACAGCCGCAAGCAUAUUCCGCGGCCGUAUGUCAAUGAAAGAGGUGGACGAGCAGAUGCUCAACGUGCAGACAAAGAACUCCAGCUACUUCGUCGAAUGGAUACCCAACAACACGAAAACCGCAGUGUGUGACAUACCACCCAGGGGCUUAAAGAUGUCGGCAACGUUCAUCGGCAACACAACAGCCAUACAGGAGAUGUUCAAGCGCGUGUCCGAGCAAUUCACAUCCAUGUUCCGGCGCAAGGCUUUCUUGCAUUGGUACACCGGUGAGGGCAUGGACGAGAUGGAGUUCACCGAGGCAGAAUCCAACAUGAAUGACCUGGUGUCCGAGUAUCAACAGUACCAGGACGCGACCGUCGAUGAGGACGGUGAAGGAGAUGACGACGAGGAGGACGCAGAUGCAUAAGCCCGCUGCAGCAGCCACAGCUGUUACCCAUAUAUUUCAAUUACUACUACAUUAUAUACGUUCUAUUAAAAAUUAUGCUUUUGUAAUGCAACAUGCGUCCCAUUGCGAGUAAUCGCAAAUCAAAAAAAAAAAUUGUCAUCGAUGUAGUUGAAUUGUGCUAAAUACGCACACGAAAUAUAUAUAAUAAGUACUUAUUACUUACCAUUCAUA